GAAUUCCCCGCUUCGUCUUCGGUUGUUCCGGUGUUUCUUUAUCGUCUGCAUUUUGCCUUUGUAUGAUAAGAAAAAUUCUUUAAAAGAUUAAAUUCAGUUUUAAAUAAUAGUUCUGCUGUAAACAUAAACUCGCAACCAUCAUUUGAUUUGAAUUUUUUCAAAACGCCUUUUCUUAAAAAAAUAUUUCAACUUUUAUUGAUAUAAACGAAGAAAAAUUUGAACUGAAUUACUGUUGAUACUCAUUGAGAACAUGUCUUCUACUAAAACAGCAAUAUUUUUCAUUGUUCUUCAACUUACACAGAUUAUUGGUUGCUAUGCAGAAUGUCGCUGUAAAAAGGAGGAUACUACAUCAACAAGUGAACUUCUAACGUUUGGAGUUAAAACCGCUGCCGUUGCUGGUAUAGCUAUGGUGGCGGCUCCUGUUUUGAUUCCAGCUGCUGGGUUUGGAGCUGCUGGCGUAUCACUUGGAUCUGCUGCAGCUGGUGUCCAAUCAGCUUGGUUUGGUGGAACGAUUAAUGGCCUUACCGGUGCAGUAUUCUCUGGUUUGCAAAGCAUCGGUGCUGCUGGACUAGGACUUCUUGGUAAGACCGCUAUUGUCACUACCAGUGGCGUCGCUGUGAAAGUUUAUGACACUGUUACAGGUGAAGAGUGUAAUUGUUGAAUUGAAAUUUAACUAUUUCACUAAAUGUAUUGAAAAUGUUUCUGUUUUAGAAAUUUCUACUUGUGUAAUUUUUUCUCAUGUAUUUUUCUCAUUUUGUAUUUGUAAGCGUUCAGUAAAUUCUUUCUGAGAUAAAA